AUGAGCGAGGGGGAAAGUGAAUUAGAAAUGGAAAGAGGCUUUCUUAAAUGGAAAUCAGUUAACUUGAUGAAGAAGGUAGUGUCAUUACCAAUGAAAAAAACUAAGAAUGAUAUAGGUUUGAGGUUAGAUAUUUCAUAUAUCUUGGUUAAUCUAAUAGUCUGCUCAUACCCUGUUAACACGUAUCCAAAACUGCUUUAUAGGAAUAGCCUAGAUGACUUAAUAUUGUUCUUGACAGUGUACCAUGGCAAGGGAAAUUUUAGAAUCUUUAAUUUCAGAGCUGAGAAAGAAGACACAGAUUAUAAAGACAAGGACCUUAUUGAUAUCGCUGCUAAGUACGAAAGCAGAGAUAUACAAAUUCAAGAAUUGCGUUCGACACUGAUUAAUGAUGGAAAGAUACCGAUAUCACCCAUUGACCUCGAAACAAGGACCUUGGUGGAAGAAGAAACCAAUAAUGUGAUUUGUGAAAGGAUCGGUUGGUUAGAUCAUUUCCCACCACCAUUUGAACUGCUGGAAGAUAUUGUAGAUAGUAUAGAAAAUUACCUGUCUGCUUCGAAGAAUAGAGUGGCUGUCUUACAUUGUCGAAUGGGGAAAGGCCGGUCUGGCAUGAUUACCAUAGCAUAUCUCAUGAAAUACUUGCAAUGUCCUCUUGGAGAGGCAAGAUUAAUAUUCAUGCAGGCUAGAUUCAAAUACGGUAUGACAAAUGGUGUCACCAUACCCUCUCAAUUAAGGUACUUAAGGUACCACGAGUUUUUCAUCACCCAUGAAAAAGCAGCCCAGGAGGGAAUUUCUAAUGAAGCAGUAGAAUUCAAAUUUAAAUUUAGGCUUGCUAAAAUGACGUUCCUCCACCCAUCAAGCUUGAUCACGUCUGAGUCUGCUAUUGUAACUACUAAGAUACAACACUACAACGAUGAUAGGGAUGUUCUACUAACCCGAAAAGUGUUAUUAUCGGAUAUUAUGACACAUGAAUGCGACGGCAAUAUGACUUUCAUUUUUGAUAGGGACUAUUUAACGCUUGAAAAUGAUCUUCGUAUCGAGUUUACUCUGGGUACCAGCAAGUCCAAAGCCGCUAGUAGCAUAAUAUCUUGGACAUCAUACGCGAGCUGCUGGUUGAAUGUCUACCUUGAAACUUUAAUGCACAUAAUUAAGGACGAUUCUUCACCCGAUUACUUUCAAGUAGAAAGGUUGAAGAAGGAUGAAAUGCUUACGGCAACCAUAAACUGGCAAGAGCUAGACGGUUUUGGGGAGCUUAGCACCCACGGCUUGAAAUUGUUUCAGGCACUGAAAUUAGAAUGGGAAAUUAUAUAG